AUGAACAUUACCCUGUUUGAAAUGCAGUAUUUAAAGCGUAAAGAGAGAGAACUUGAAGCCAAGGAAGCUGAAAUCAGAAAAAGAGAGGAGGAAGUUAAAAAGAAAGAAGAAGCUCUUGCUAGAGCUGGAGUUUUUCUGUAUAUCAAAAAUUGGCCACCAUUUUUACCAAUCAUACACCUUGAUAUUGCAAAUGAAAUACAAGAUUAUCUACACCGUAUGCAAUAUGUAGCUUUCGCCACUUUCUUAGGAGUGAUCCUUUGCCUUCUCUGGAAUGUCAUAUCUGUUUCUGCUGCAAGCCUCAAAGGGAGAGGAAUUGAAAUCUGGUUCCUUGCCAUGAUCUACUUAGUAGUAGGGGUACCAGGAGCCUGUUUUUUGUGGUACCGCCCACUAUAUCGCGCUUGCAGGAAAGACAGUGCAUUUAGGUUUGGAUGGUUUUUCAUAUUUUAUAUGUUACAUAUAUGCUUCUGCAUCUUUGCUGCUGUUGCUCCUAUAUUUUAUCAAGGGUUAUCGUUACCGGGAAUACUGAGUGCGUUAUAUGUUUGGAGCCACAAUACUCUGGUUGGGAUCUUUUACUUUGUCCGGUUCGGAUUUUUCUGUGCCGAGGCGCUGUUAAGCAUCUGGGUCAUUCGGAGAGUAUAUAGGUUUUUCCGAGGUACUGGUAAGGCCGCAGAGGCGAAGAGCCGAGUUGCAAGAGGAAUAGCAAUGGCUGCAGAAAGUUAA